ACUCCGUGCCUGAGACACCCACUGAAGUCACCAGCCACAAGACCCCAACCAGCAGAAACAGGCUAGCAAGUGACCUGCCAUGGAAGGUGCCGAUGCCUCCAGGAGCAAUGGGGCCAGCCCGGAAGCCAGGGACGCUCGCAGCCCACCGGGUCCCAACGGCAGCCUAGAGAAUGGCACUAAAGCAGACAGUAAGGACACCAAGACAACCAACGGGCACAGUGGGGAGGUGACAGAGGGCAAGACCCUGGGCAGUGCCCUGAAGUCAGGGGAGGGGAAGAGUGGCCUAUUUUCCAGCAACGAGUGGCGCAGGCCUAUUAUUCAAUUCGUGGAGUCAGUAGACGACAAAGGCUCCAGUUACUUCAGCAUGGACUCUGCGGAAGGCAGGAGGUCCCCUUAUGCGGGGCUCCAGUUGGGGGCUUCCAAGAAACCUCCUGUGACCUUUGCUGAGAAGGGGGAGCUGCGAAAGUCCAUCUUCUCCGAGCCCCGCAAACCCACGGUGACUAUCGUGGAGCCGGGGGAGGCCCGCAGGAACAGCUACCCCAGAGCUGACUCCAGCCUCCUGCUGCGGUCUAAGUCGGGCUCUGAGGAGGUGCUGUGCGACUCCUGCAUCGGCAACAAGCAGAAGGCUGUCAAGUCCUGCCUGGUGUGCCAGGCUUCCUUCUGUGACCUGCAUCUGAAGCCCCACCUGGAGGGCGCUGCCUUCCGUGACCAUCAGUUACUCGAGCCCAUCCGGGAUUUCGAGGCCCGAAAAUGUCCCCUGCACGGCAAGACCAUGGAGCUCUUCUGCCAGACCGACCAGACCUGCAUCUGCUAUCUCUGUAUGUUCCAGGAGCACAAGAACCAUAGCACUGUGACGGUGGAGGAGGCCAAGGCCGAGAAAGAGACUGAGCUGUCACUGCAAAAGGAGCAGCUGCAGCUGAAGAUCAUUGAGAUUGAAGACGAAGCUGAGAAGUGGCAAAAGGAGAAAGACCGGAUCAAGAGCUUUACCACCAACGAGAAGGCUAUCCUGGAGCAGAACUUCCGGGACCUGGUGAGGGACCUGGAGAAGCAGAAGGAGGAAGUAAGGGCUGCACUGGAGCAGCGGGAGCAGGACGCUGUGGACCAAGUGAAGGUGAUCGUGGAUGCUCUGGAUGAGAGGGCCAAGGUGCUGCACGAGGACAAGCAGACCCGAGAGCAGCUGCACAGCAUCAGUGACUCGGUGCUGUUUCUGCAGGAAUUUGGUGCGUUGAUGAGCAAUUACUCUCUCCCUCCACCUCUGCCCACCUACCACGUCCUGCUGGAGGGAGAAGGGCUGGGACAGUCACUCGGCAACUGCAAGGAUGACUUGCUCAAUGUGUGCAUGCGUCAUGUUGAGAAGAUGUGCAAGGCCGAUUUGAGCCGCAACUUCAUCGAGAGGAACCAUAUGGAAAACGGCGGUGACCAUCGCUACAUGAACAACUACACAAGCAGCUAUGGGAACGAAUGGAGCACACCAGACACCAUGAAGAGAUACUCCAUGUACCUCACGCCCAAGGGUGGGGGCCGGACAUCCUACCAGCCGUCCUCGCCCAACCGCCUCUCCAAGGAAACCAACCUGAAGAAUUUCAACAAUCUGUAUGGCACAAAAGGUAACUAUACUUCCAGGGUCUGGGAGUACUCGUCCACUGUUCAGAACGCCGAUGACAUGCCCACUGUGCAAGGCAACUCCUCCUUCUCCCUGAAAGCAGGCACUGGGAAAGCCCCCUAUCAGUUCACAACCUUGGGGCAGGCCACUGCAGAGUUUUCCAAGCCACUGGACCGCAGUGGGCUGUUUAAAAACAAUCCUGGCUAUCCCUCCCUCCUCCGGAGCCAGGUCCCCAAGGCCCAGCCUCAGACUUGGAAAUCUGGCAAGCAGACUCUACUGUCUCACUACCGGCCAUUCUAUGUCAACAAAGGCAGCGGCAUCGGAUCCAAUGAGGCACCCUGAGUUCAGCACAGAGGAGCUCCAUUACCCCACCCUCCCAUUGCUCCUGCUUUCCAAGCUGCUGCGCUUCCGCACGGGCAGGAACCCAGCCCCACUCUGCCCUCUCACAGCCUCUGACAGCCUUACCAGGGUACCCUAGCUUCCUCUGCUCCUUUUCUGCUUGGUGACAUACAGCCGCUGUGACUUCUAUGUGCGAGGCCAAGUUACCUACCAUCGAGGCCCGAGACAGCUGGGUUCUGUUCUCAUAGACCAGGCCCACAUAGUGCCAGUCUGUCUGUCCACCUGCCGAGGCUCCGCCAUGUCGGGCUUGGUGACCGUUUCCUUCCACCAGGCGCCUAAUUAGGGCAGCCUCUUCACUCCCAUCCCUUUGGCUCACGUUGUAUCGGCAGCCCGAGCCUGUCAGAAGACAGGUCCUGUGUGUCCUCUGCAUCCCCCUUACUACAGCAUGGCUGGCCUUGACCAUGCCUUAGGGGAUGCUCUCAGUAUCCUGGCUUUUUCCCAGUCUAGCCGAGAGGCUCUGCCAUGUGCUCUUCGAGGCUGCAAAGCCAGAGAAUAGGCUAUCCUGUCUGGCGAGAGGAUUGCAGCCUAGACAUUUCUCCCCCAUUGCUUGGAAGAGCAGUUCCCCGGAUGUGCCACAAUCCACUCAUGAAGAUUUGCCCGUAGACUUGCACUAAUGUGGGAAUUUGGUGCUCUUUGAGGUAAUGGCCAGCAGGAGGGCUGGGAAGAGUGGUGUCACUUAAGAGGUACCACCCGGAUUGGGAGAGUCGGCCUCCAUCCAUGUCACAUGUCACCGGGCUUGGAGAGGGCCAAAUCAGGAACAACACUGAGUGCUGGGAGCUUGUCUCCCACUCCAGGCUGAUGGGGGCUCAUGGGUCAGCUUGCAGGGGUGGGGAGGGGUACUUUUGGCUUGGGCUUCCCCCUCCCUGAAUAAACCAUUUGUCUCUUUA